CUAAAAGUCAAAUUAGAAUAAUCUCUCUCUCUCUAGGUUCUUGACCUUCCUCGUCCUCAUUAAUUUGGCAUCUUUUGGGAAGAAACUGAACAAGAAAUUUGUGGAAGACAAUCUCCGUAUUUCUCUCUCAACGUGUGCGUUUCUACGCACGCGUCUCUACCCGCUGGAGAUGGGUUGUUGUGGAGACGACGACGGCAUCUACAAGCAGCAGCUCAUUCCUAAUCCUAACCAACACGACUCUUCCUCUUAUUGCUUCACCCAAAACUCAAUGUCGGCCCUACGUAAUCCUUCCAUGGGAACCCCCACCAAUCUCGCUGGCAGCUCCGCCUCUUCCUCUUCUAAGGACGUCGAUGUCAUUUCUCCGAUGAAUUCUAAUUUCUUUGCGCUCACUUGCAGAGAUAUCCUUCGCUCCAUCUUUGAGCGUUUGCCUGUUACGGACCUCGCUCGAGCGGCCUGCGUCUGCCGGUUCUGGAACUUAGUCGCCUCAGACCGAGAGAUUCAGACCAGAGCCUUCAUAUCCCCUUGGAAAUUGAAGGAUGUCAUCGGUAAACCCUCUUCCGGCAGCUUCUGGCGCGAUAAUAGCCUCGGCCGAUUCGCAAUCUCUCAUCACAUCCUCAGGGGAGAUACUGUCGCUAGCCUCGCUGUCAAAUACUCUGUUCAGGUAAUGGACAUAAAACGUUUAAACAAUAUGCUAAGUGACCAUGGCAUAUACUCAAGGGAGAGGUUAUUGAUCCCUUUAAGUAAACCAGACCACCUUUGCAACAGAACCUGCUAUAUAGAGUUCGAUGUGUACGCAAAAAGGGAAGUGGCAGUAGUAUAUCUAGAGGGUGGCCCUGAUGGAAAGAAUAGCUGCUUGAUGAAUAGGAGUACAACCACCAAAAGAGGCAAUAGGAGGGUGAUUGAUUCAUUGAAGAGAAGCAUGCGUGUUGAUGAUGGAACUGCUGAAUAUUACUUGUCUAUUUCAAAUGGUGACCCUCGGGCUGCACUUGCAGAGUUCUCUGAGGACCUUAGGUGGGAGGACCGGGAGAUACCCUCCUAGUCUCAAUGUGCAAAGGAAGUGUGGAAAGCCAAUUUAAUGUAAGAGGAGUGCUAAUUGUUUCAAUACUAUUGGCUUUCAGUGUGCUGUCUGUAUUGUUUAUAUAUUGUUCAAAACUGAAGCUGUAGAUGUUAUGAGUUAAAUGACUGCAAUUUGCUAUGAAAUAAGGAUCUUCGGUUUUUGUU